UCUUGAGGAUCAUAAGAAAAAAGGAGAUAGAUGUAAAGGUGACCAGAAGCUAACAUUAUAACAUGUAGAAAACGUGAUUUUAUUGUGCUGAUAACUAUUAUUAACAGUACGUGUUAUAACAACAAACACACUAGUUCCGUGUUUCUGCUCAGCUGGCUGUCAGCUGCGUCCCGACUGGUCCAUUUGGAAUGACGUCAGCGCUGCCAGCGUGGAACGACGGCACGUCGCUCGGCAGGUCCAGCAGGAAGUAGGCUGUCCGGGUUAGUGGCAGGUUUAGCCGGAAACAGCUGAUAAACCUAGAAACUAAAGCAGCUGAAGAUCCUGAGGGUCGUUUAGACAACCUCCUACAGCAGAUUCCAGACCUGUUCACCUCUCAGGUGUGUGCGCUCCAUCUACAGAAAACACUUGUCCCUGAUGAUGGAGGAUUCCACACUGGCUCAGGUGGGUAAGAACCUGAGAGAGGCCAUGAAGAUUCUGGAAGAUGGGGAGCCAGAUGUAGGAAUGGAAAGGCAACUGUCCGUUAGAAACAUCAUCAUCCCUGGACCCCUGCAGGGAGACGGCCAGGACGUUACCUCAAUACUCCACCUGGUUCACAACCUCAUUCAUGAAGAGGAGGAAGAGGAGGACGAGAAACCUGUCCAGCACCGGAUGCAGAACGUGGGGGAACAGGGUCACAUGGCCUUACUGGGUCACAGCCUUGCAGCCUACAUCUCCGUGCUGAACAGAGAUCGACUCCGGAAGCUGACCACCCGGAUUCAGUCGGACACUACGCUGUGGCUCUGCCGGAUUUUCAGGUAUGAGAAUGGCUCCGCCUGCUUCCAUGAGGACGACAGGGACGGCCUUGUCAAGGUGUGCCGGCUGGUCAUCAAUGCCCGGUAUGAAGAGUACGCCACUGAGGGCUACACCGCGUUGAGCUCCCAACAGCCAGUCAUCUACCAGAGCACCUCCUGCAGGCCUGGUCUGGGACAACACCUGUGCAGCCAGCUCGGCUUGCCCCUCUCCAGUCUAUGCACCGUACCAUGCAACACCAUCUUUGGAUCUCAGCACCAAAUGGAUGUUGCCCUGUUGGACAAACUUAUUAAAGAGGACAUAGAAGCUGGGAAGCUCCCAUUGCUGCUGAUUGCCAAUGCAGGAACCCCUGGAGCGGGCCACACUGACAAGCUGGGUCGUCUGAAGGACUUGUGUGAUCAGCACCACCUGUGGCUUCAUGUCGAGGGGGUCAACCUGGCAACCCUGGCCCUGGGUCAGGUCACCUCUGCCAUUACGGCUGCUACCAGGAGCGACAGCAUGACCCUGACCCCAGGUCAGUGGCUUGGACUGCCGGCGGUCACUGCCGUCACUCUGUACAGACAUGAAGACCCAGCUCUGUCCCUGGCAGCAGGUCUCACGUCCAGCCAGCCUGUGGAGAAGCUGCGAGCGCUGCCUCUGUGGCUCUCUCUGCAGUACCUCGGUCACAAUGGAAUAGUUCAGAAGAUCAGACAUGCCACAGACCUGAGUCAGACUCUCCUGCUGAAGCUCAAGUCCAUGACCUCCAUUAAAGCUGCGGUAGAAGAUGAAGAAAACUCUCCUGUUGUUCUUUUUAAGUUUGUCCAGGAAAUGAGUGCUGGGUCGAGUGGGGGAUCAACCGAUGGUUUCUGCGUUGGAGAGAAAGAAGUACUCGACACCUUUAACAGAUGGUUGGGAGAACAGCUGGCACAGCUGGUUCCCACCAGUGGAGUUGAUGUUGUUGAGCUUGAAGAUGAAGGCACCUGUGUUCGCUUCAGCCCCCUCCUCACUGCUGCAGCUCUGGGUACCCAGCUGAAGGACGUUGAAGACUUGGAGGAGAAGAUUAUGGAGCUGGUGCACACGAUGUCCUCCACAAUAAGCCUAAGACAGGACUUCAGGGAGGAGACCCACCGUCACUCACCAUCCCUAACCUACGUAGAAAACCUGAGCUGGCCUGGUCUGGGGGCUGUCCGGUACGAGCCCCAGCUGGCUGAAGGCAUGGAUGAGAGCAGGAGGAAGCAGGAGGUGGAGAAAAUUAACAAUAAUCUGCUGAAGAAACUUCAAGAGUUUGACACUGAUGUCGUCUUCUCCACAGGCUCAGAGUUUGUGACAGAGGACAGCUGCAUCUUUGUGGGCAUGGUAACGGAGGAUGUUGAUGUGUCAGAGCUGGCAGAUACCAUAGCCUCCCUGGGGAGGGAGAUAGAGGAGAGUGGAAAGCUGCUGGAGAACAUGACGGAGCGGGUGAGAAAAGGCAUCCAGGAGGCAGAGCUGCAGCUGCAGAAGGCCAGUGAGGAGAAGCUCAUGGAGGAGGGGAUGCUCAGACAGAUUCCUCUGGUUGGGUCUGUGUUAAACUGGUUCUCUCCAGUUCAAAGCUCCAUAAAGGGGAGGACCUUCAACCUGGCAGCAGGCUCCCUGGAUUCCACAGAUGUGACUUAUUCCACCAAGGCACAGGCUGACAGAGCGGCUCUGCAGGACACCCCUACGCUUGGAUCCAAAAGAGCAACAGGUCAGAAGCUGUUCCAGCACUCAUCUGUGAGCUCCGACCCGAUGAGUGAAAGUGGCUCCAGCAGUCCAGCUGAGGACACCACAGUGAUCUCACAGGGCCACCUGUCUGCUCCUCUACCUGCACCUGAAACUCCACAUCCUGCUGAGGGGGCACCGCAUGUGCAGGGGACGCUGGAGCUGGCCAACACGCACGUGGAGGCCACAGAGGAGGAGGAAGAGGAGGCGCAGCUUAAAGACCAGGAGCUGGACCAGAGUGGGAGAUAGGAAGCUGCUUUGUCCAGGUGUCCUCCAUCUGUCCUUUAUCCAUCCAGCACACGCAGCUAGCCCAUCAGUGGGUAGAACGGAUUCCUACUGAAAAGCCGAACAACGAGGCACUCUUUCCGUUACGUUGUUUUAGGAAGCCAUUUCUGAAAUGAGCUCCUCUUUCUGAGCUGUGUUCAGAUGCUCUCUGUUUCCUUUGACUGAUGCUCUUCAUCUGUGCAGCAUUUUCACACCGAGCACGGCGCGUCCACGGUCCGCUCACUAGUAAAAGCUCUGGGAUUUAACACCGUGCUGAAUUUUGGAUUAACCCUUCUCUGUUUUUGAUGUGGGCUGAAAAUCAGGCAGCUUGAUGCUAAAGUCACACAGAUGAUCACGUUUAUCCCGGUUCUACACUAGAAACGUCAAAAACUCUCCUAGAUUAAUUGGAUUGAACCUACCUGCUGAUUAUAGCAAUACUGAUAAUAAUAAUCAUAAUUAUCCGAACCAAGGCUGCUGAUUCAGAGCUGCAUGAAGGAAACCUCAGAAACGUUCUUGUUGAAGUAGAAACCUCAAGAAUUGUGAGCUGAAGUAAAAGUCUGACGCCACGUUUGCCUCGUUGAUGUUCAGCAGCAACAUUUCUACGAACCGCUCUGGAGUGCCGCUGGACUCCAGGUGGAGGCCGUGCCACGUUUGGGAAAGCUGCUGGUUUAAAGUUCGGGCUGUUUCAGGUUUACAGUGAAGGCACAAUGAAGGAUCUGUUUGCAUGAAUCACAACAUCACGCCUUUAUUUCUCAGAAAAGGCUUAAUGUUGGUAAAAUGAUCUAAUCUUUGGUUAUUCUGAGUCAGAGCUGUGGCUCUGGCACCGCCCUUUAGCCCCGCCCAAGUGAUUGUUUUCUUUAUUGUUCAAUUUUCUUUGUGGGAAGAAAAAUAAUAAAUUUUCCAUUUUGCAUGUAGCGUUUGGGUCUGAGUGGUGCUGGUUCAUGUGCGUCUCCGUGUGGACGCCACCCGGGUGUGUCAGACUCUUCUGUGUUGGGGACAUUUUCUUCUUUGUCAAAGUUGAUUAUUAUUUGUGAUUAAUAUUAUAUAAUAUAUUAAUUCUGGCCUUGCUUUGCCACCUGAAGCCAGACUCUCACUGAUCUGAGGCUGCUGGUCUGACGUCCGUGACAGUGGUGGUGUGUAGGUUAAGUUUUUUUUUGUUGGGGGGGGGGGGGGGGGGGUUCUGGGAUCGGAACCCUAACCCGUAAAACCUGCCAUAUGACCCAAUUCAGCUGAAAAUGAGCAGGUUUUCUCCCGAGCGCCCAACUCGUCUCCACCAAUCACAGCCCAGGGAGGUUCUGGACUCGGCUGCAGGAUCCAGGUCGGAGGACUGUCUGUUAAUCAGAAGUAUGCACUUUAUUCAGGCCGAGUGUGAAAGCCUGUGUUUUUUGUUUCUGUCAGAGGUAGCGUUGAUCAUCAAACCAACCACGUCCAGAUGAUCAGGGUUGUGUUGAGUUGUUUUGAGCGGCCCUGACUUCCUCCUUCCUUUGGCAGGAUGGGAGGAGUUAAACAUCUGGAGGUAGUCGCAGAGCGGUGUGUGAGCAUGUCGUCUCAGGAUGUAAAAAACAGAGGUUCUCUAGGUUUGGUUACGGGAGUGGGAAAUGGGCUGGGGUCAUACCUGCAGCAGUCAGAAGAAUCAGAGCAGGAGAAGGUACAUCCCACCUCCUGGGUAUUUAUGAACUCUACCUGCUAUUGGUCAGCACUCCUGCUGUGGCAUCUCAUUAAUACCAGAACAAAUAUGGAGGAUCAGCUGUGUUUACAUCAGGUUCUGCUAAAACUAGAAGUUUGGAGGAAAUGUCCUCCUGCUCUGAGUAGACGUCGUCCUAAACAGAACCCGGUCUGAUCACUGAGAUUUGGACUGUUCAGACUCCACACAAACCCCACCUUCUCUGGACAGCUGGAGAUCAGGCAGCUGCUAAGAUCUGGUCGGAACAAAAGAACCAAUCAGGACAAUGAACAGUUGGGACAAGAGAAGCAGAACACCCCCAGCAUGAUCAGGACUGGUUUUCUCAGUCUGAGAGGGGACCAGAACCAGACCUGUCCUGGACCAGGCGCUGAUUAUGUAGAAACCUGUAAACGAUUGACAGCUGCACCGGACCUGUAGAUAAAUCCUGGACUGUUUUAUGUCCUCUGAUGUAAAUGAAGCAGAACUUUUUUAAUGGUUCUUUUCUCUAAAAUGAUUCUGAUGAAAAUAAAAUCUAUCUUGAAACUGGA